GCAGCGGCAGCGGCAGAAAUGGACUCGCACUGCGACUGUGCCGAGCCCCCGGCCGCCGAGCAGCCGUCGGGGAGGAUUAACAAAACCGCCUUCAAGCUUUUCAGGAGGAGGAAGUCCGGGGGAGCCAUGCCGAGCAUCUUCGGGGUGCGGAGCAGAGGCGGGGAGGGGAAGGGCGCCGGCAAGCCGGGGAUGGUGCGGAGCCGGACGCACGACGGCUUGGCCGACGCCGUGCUGGAGAGCAGCAAGAAGGAGGAACCGAGCGGCGGCGGCGGCGGAGACCCGCAGAGCCGCGAGGCGCAGGAGCGGCCGGCCGGCAGCCUCGGCGGCCCCGCCGGCAGCGCGGUGGCCAAGUCGCACAGCUUCUUCUCGCUGCUGAGGAAGAACGGCAGGCAGGCGGAGGGCGCGGAGCCGCGGGCCGGCGGCAGACAAAAGAAGGGGCUGAAGGGGAUCUUCAGCAGCAUGCGGUGGCACAAAAAGGACAAAAACGGCAAGGAGGAGAGGGGGGAAACCUCGGACGUCCCGUCCGGCCUUAUCAUGCCGGGGUCCCUGACCGCCAGCCUGGAGUGCAUCAAGGAGGAGACGCCGAAACCUUUGUCCGAGAGCCCCAGCGGCGCGGGAGACGCCGGGCCGGAGCCGCCGCGGGAGAAGCGCGGCGGAGAGGCGCCCGCCGCGGCCGAGGAGCCCGAAGCGGGAGGCGCGGAGCCGCGGGCCAGCAGCCCCCCGGCCCGGGAGGAGCCGCCCGCCGCCGUGCGGCCACCCGAGGAGCUCAGCCGCGAGCCACCGGAGCCGGCCGCCGGAGAGGUUGGGAGUGCGAAGGAUGCGGCGAUAACAGGUGACAUUCCAAUAACGACUAUCCCCCCUGUUGAACCUCACUGUGAUAGCGGUCAAGAGACGGCAGCCGCCCCUGACCCUUCCUCUGUUGAUCCACCCUCAGAGCAAUCGAUUGAUCGUAUUUGUUUGAUGUUUGCUGACGUGACUUCACUGAAAAGCUUUGACUCUCUUACAGGCUGCGGAGAUAUUAUUGCGGACCAUGAGGAGGAUGUGGGCGGCGGGAGUGGCGUCUGCGAGAAGAGCACCCCCGGGCCCAGCAAGCUGGGCGCCACCAAGAAGCACCCCACCAUGGUGGCCUACCAGGGAGGAGGGGAGGAGAUGGCCAGCCCCGACCAGGUGGAUGACACCUGCCUGCAGGAGUUCUGGGGUAUGCUCUCACAGACAGACGAGGCGCAGACGCAAGGAGGAGGAAGCGGAGGAGGGACAAAGAAGCCCGAGGGGUUGAAGGAAACCCGAGGUACCGAGGGGGCCCAGAAUAGGGUGGUGGUGAAACGUGGCGGACUCCACCAGAUCGCCAUUCACCUGAACCACAAAGAGGAGCAGAAGGGCAGGGAAAAGGAGCAGCACGAGGGCGUCCCAAACAGCGAUGAGGGCUACUGGGAUUCCACCACCCCCGGUCCCGAGGAAGAUACUUCCACAAGCAUCCAGAAGGAAACCCUUCCCAGGGAUAGCUACAGUGGGGAUGCUCUCUAUGACCUUUACGCUGAGCCGGAUGAGAACCCACCAGCGGGGCCUACGAUCGAGGAAGUGCCCAGUGUGCCACGCUCCAAGCCCGUGUCUCCGAUCACGACUGUGAGCGCACUGAGAACCCCCUCAAGCGCAGCGAAGGACUCCAAGAUACCCAUCAGCAUUAAACACCUUUCGUCGCAUCCUGCCAGCCACGGAGCAGAUGCCAGUAACAGCCAUCACACGGUCGCACACCAUCACCUGGCCAAAAGUGAGAUGCACAGAACAAAAAUCCCCGUCUCCAAAGUCCUUGUACGCCGGGUCAGUAGCAGGGGCGUAGCAGGGACGACAGUGAAAACUGCCAUGUACCAGGACGGUGCCAAAAAGUAGUUGGGUAAGAGGUGGAGACAAAGACAGAGAACGAAGUCCAUGUGGGAAAGUCUGCAUAGGAGACCACAGAUAAUGGAUUUGUUUUGCAUCACCUGACGAAAGUCGCCUAAAAGGCUUCCUUCACUGUACUCCGUGGGCCUGCACUUCUGAGUCUCUUCUUACUGGACUGUAUGGCUGAAUACAAAAAGUCAACUUCUUUUUCAGCACUUUUUUUUACAUUUGUAUCUUUUUUCUGCAACACUAAGCACUGAGGAGGUCCAUUUUUACAUGCCUUUCUGAAAGCAGGACUUGGAUUAUGGCCAUCCUUCCUCCUGCAAAGCAGUGUCAUGAGUUCUUCAAGGGAACAGAGUUACAAAAGGAGCGACAUGAGAGGUUCUCCAAUAUACUUAUCUUUCAAUCAUUUCUUGGGGAGGAGUAGAGGCUGGCUGCCUGGCUGGCUCUGGAAAUGAUGUUUGCUCCGCAAGAUGUUGGAAAAAACGCCAAGCAGAAAACAACCCACCUAACAGGUAUUUUGCCUGCUGUAGGAACGAGAACGCCGCUCAGCAGCAGACUUGAUUGACUUGUGUGCAGGAGAUAAAACUAAGGAGUUAGGUGGACUCGUCUAACAGGAAAACAUAUUUUCGUUUGUCUGUCUGUCUGGUUGGUUUUGAUCUGGUCUAAUGUAAAUGGGUAACAGAGACACCUGACGUAGGUUCAGAUGUUUACAUUAAUACUUGUCCAAUAAUGCAUACAAUCAGGUUCAGGGAAACAUUUUACUAAAUGCCAAUAUAUACACACUGUCCACAUUUAUACAAUAACUUGCUCGCCGUGUGUAAAUAUUUACGUGUUUUAGCACAUUUUUUAUAUUAAAAAAAAAAAAAUCACCUGUCCUUAUCUAGAGUUUAAGCAAGAGUUAGUUUUUAUAGGUAGAUAAUUUUACAGUUCUAAAAGGAUAGAACUUUGUGUAAGUACCUUAAAUUAGAAAAACUCUGGUUUGUAUGGGCUCAUGCAUCCCCAGAUAAGUAAGUCUGAAGUGCUGAUUUUAUUCCAGUGGCACAUUCCAUGGCUCAGAGCUGAUGUUCUGACAGCACUGCCACUGCAAACCUCUAUUUUCAGGGGUUUAGACGAAGUUGCUCUGGGCUUAAACCUUACCGAGAAGGAACCCAGCAAAGAAACGUGGUUUUUAAAUAUUAUUUUUUAAAAGAUAUAAAAUUAGUUUUUGACUAUUUAAAGAAAGUUUGGGUUCUCAUUGCUUUUUAUUUUCAUUCUCAAUAAUGUCAGAAUAAUUUUACUUUAAGAGAAAAAAAAAAUAUGGUAAGCUAGAGGUACAUAAAAUGGUCGGAUGAGCUUGGAUCUUAGGAGAAAUAUAUUAAUGGCCAUGACUUUUUUGAAUAGAGGCUACUGUACAUGGGCAUUGGCAACAUUUCAAAGAAAUAUAUUAGGGUUUUAAUGUGCCUGAGGACAUAUUUUUAUGAUACACUGAAAAAGCUCUAAAAAAAUCACUGAAGUCUAAAGGUAAAUGUUAUGUAUUUACAAAAUAUUUUGAUAUAAGUAUUUAAUCAUCAGACCACAGUUAAUAUAAAAUAUAUGCUCCAGUGUAUCUAGAAAAUAAUAUACAUUUAAAAAUAUACUUGUCUAUAUUAUGCAGAGAAUCCUAAAUUCACAUCGUUGAAGCUAAUGGGUCUGAUCUUACAUAGCAGUUGGUUUUAUUGUCUCUCAAAUCAAAAGGAAAAAAAAAAGGAAAAAGAAUAUACAGAAUAUACAUUUGAAGGAUAUUAAGGUUGUAGGCAAACCAUAAAAAACCAGGAAAUACCAUAAUAAGAGUUGUAUAUAUGUAUAUGCAUGAUUCGUGGUUCACUGGGGAAAUGACCUUAAAGUCAUGAAGGUGAAAUUGACAUCCAGUUUUGAAAUUGCUGCAGAAUUUAAUACUGAGUUGCAGCAUCCCAGUGAAAGUGUUAGUUUCCCUGACCAGCCCCUGUUUCCAUGGUUUACGAACCUUAAUACACUUCAAAGAGGAUUAUUUUAUGUUUUCUUCCUGACGUGUACGUGUGUGGUUCCCUGUGUGCCCACUCACACAGCCGUGUUGUGCAGAUGCAUGUGCAGCGAGCACACAGCUCCUGGCAGGGUCCCUGCGCCAGCCAAGGCACUCCCCGUGCACACUCACACUGGUGGGAGCCCUCCCACGCUCAGCCUGGGGGCUGUGCUCCAGAUCUGCCUCCAAACACGCUGGCGAUGCUUUCCUUUGCCUGAGAAAGGGAUUUGCACUUGGUCUCACUCCACUUGUGCAUUUUAGAAAGUCAGCACUGAAACACCCUCAAAAGGAUGUAUGCACAGAACACGGAAUAUUAUCCUGCUCCUCAGCCCUAAACAUGGCAUUCGUUUCCCCAUUCUUUUGUUUUUGUUUGACUGGAAGGGAUGCAUCUUUCCAUGCAUGACAACUCUGCAGAAAAAAAUCGUAACUCCCCAUUUUGUUCUAAGUAUGAAUUGUGCUGAGAGGUUCUAUAAGGUACUGGAAGUUGAGAGGGAGGGAGGAUGUGGUGGUAGUACCGUAAAAACUGGAAGCACUGAGUACAGGUAGUAGGAGUGGUGCACCUUUAAACCCACUAGGAGAUACCAGCUGCCAUCUCUGCAGGACUUGUGUGUGUCAAAUUAUUCAUCAUACGUGUUUUGUUUGCAUUGUGGCAUGUCUGUAUUGAGAAACCAAUAGCGUGAUACUAGACUAACUCCCGCUCUCGUAACCACUAACACGAACCAUCAUUAAAAUGCUUUGGCUUCCCUUCAUUCUUCUCUCUCUCUCCUUUGUUUCCUGCCUCGUUUUUCCCUCCAUCCUCUGCAUGGUGGUGGGCAGCCUCCUCCUCCUCGGUGCUAACCCGUGGAGCGAGGAGCCCUGGGCUGGCGCGGAGCGUGGGUGGGAGGGCAGCUGCCCAGGCCAGGUGCUCUGCAGCCACUCCCUCAAGCUUUCUGUCACAUACCCGCUGUAAGUACGUUUUGCAAAUCUCUUGGCCGUUUGCUUGGCUGCUUGCUAUGUACAUAUUUUAAGGACAAUCAUAUCCUUAAAAGGAAAAUGGGAAAGUAGCUGGUAGUAGGGCGUCAGUAUUUUGAAUCGUUGCGACAUGCUGAUGUUGAUUCAGGGUAAUGGUUGUGUGAGAGUAAAGAUACAAUUUAAUGUUCAAAUUAAUUUUGUACGUCUAAAAUUCACUUUUGUCUCUAAGCCAUCUAUGGUUUUUUUAUUUUGAAAGGUAAUAGAUUUAAUAUUUACUAGGGCUUUCAAUUUUCAUACAAAUAUAUUUGUAUAACUCCACACGACGCCUAAAACAAUCAUUGAAAGGAGGUUCAAAGUCUUUUGUUGGACCUGUAUAUAAUUCCUGAAAGAUCCCUGUAAAAUACUGUGAGAUGCCUAAGAACAAACAGUUAAUGGCUUGCUGGAUUUAAAGGCUGAGACUUAAAGAGGUAAUAGUCCUGAGGCAUUUUCUGGUAGCUUGCAUUCUUAUUUAUGUUACCCCAUUCAAGCAUAUACUUUCCUUGGCUUUGGUAGGUAUUGAGGUAGGAAUGGUGUUCUGAGUCCCAAAGAUAACAUUCCCAAUGGUGUCAUUGUUUUGAUUUCCUUAAGGUAUAUUUUUUCUUUAUUUGUUUCAUUUGUUAUUUGAUGGUCUGAAUGAUGCUUUGUAAUUAUCAGCUGUAUGUCAUUCAUAAAGGAUUUUAUAGAUCAGGACUUGGUAUUUAGUUAUGUGUACUCUUUGCACUUUCAGGUCCCUACUGGUAAAUUUUGUACGUUCUUAGAAUUUUUCUAUAUAUUGCAUAGUGUUUUAUAGCUAUCUACAGUGAUUUCAAUGGUAUACACUCCUGUCCUUUAUAUCAGCACAAAAAAAUUCCUUUCAGUAGCAUGGAAUUAUAUUUUUGUGGACUUGUUUUGUCAUGAUAGGAGCUAAGUUUCCUGUACUAAAUGUGUGGCCUGCAACAGACAUAAAAGAUCUUAUUUUCCAUGUAGUGCAUAUGCAUUUUGCUCUUGCCAGUAAUAGGUCUCAAACCUUCGUAGUAGAUUUCAGAGGAAAUUCCAUGACUAGAAUAAGAAAAAGCUAUGUUCAGUCUUAUUCCAUCGAUAACCAGCAUUUUCUUCAUCCACUGUGAAUAUCCUCGCUGCCGUUCAGGGUAGUAGAGGACUGAAUUUUAAAAAUUGCGUGCGUAGAUGUACACUACAAAAAUGAAUUCACUGAUUACUUUUUAAUGAAUCUUACGAAAUUAUUUAUCUAAGCUAAGCGAAUAUUGCACCAAAGUCUUAAAACAUCUGAUACAGAUGGCAUUUUCAGUAAGAUGCUAUGAGUGCAGAUGAGCCAAAUUAACAAGCUUUGCUUAGCAAAGCAAAACCUUGUUGUCUCUUAAAUUUGUAGUACUGAUUGAGCUUGCAGAUCAAAGGGAACCAUUGAUUCUGCUGUGUGGCCAUGCACCGAGGUUUCUCUUUCCCUGCUCAAAUGGACUACUUGCAGAAAAGGCUUUUCAGGAAGAUAAUGGUAUGAAAGGGACAGAUCACAGUAACAAUAGCCACUUACGAGACAGAUGGUUAUCCAACAGCCACAAAGGGGGCAUUCUAGGCAAGGUGGCCUGAAAAUGGAUUUUCAUAGUUACUAAUAUGAAAGACUGGGGCUUUUGCCUUGGAAAAACAAAUUGACACCAACUCAAAGACAAUGCAGAAAUCAGUCUUGGCAGAGUUUCCACAUGACAGCUUUUGCAGGGUUUGUUUUUAGUUUUCAUUUCAUCUUUUCUUUUUUCCCCCCCUUUGUUUAUAUUUUUGUCGUGGUGACAUAACCCCACGUGUCCGAGCAGAGCUGCACAACAACUGAUGCUUCUGAGACUCACUGCUAAGAACACACUGUCAGCUGUCCCCAGUGGCCUGGGACUGGUUCCUGCUGAACACCCCUCCCUUCCACUGAGGGAUGGGAGGAAUGGGAUGAUAGGAUUCCCUUGUCCUGAGUCCACAUGCUGUUUACUGUGAGCAGGAGGUAUCUCAGUCUGUCUUGCUGUUUGUUUUCUGGGUACAGUUUAUUUUUAAUUUAAGUCACAGGAAUUUUUACUCAUCAUAAGUUCAUAUCUUGUCUUCCUUGUGAACAUCUCAGGUAGGAACAUUCAGCACUGAUUUGGUGUUUCCUAGGUCCAUUUCAUGUAGAAAGAAAUAGAAGAACUUGUCAUAUGCAAAGGAACAAUAGCUAUAACCACUUGAGCCACAUCAUGGGAGCCUUGAUUCCUGCAAAAACAAGUUGUUAAAACUCUUCUUGCCUUAGAAGGCUUCUCGACCCAAAACAGGGCUUCCCCCAGAGGUUACGGGCCUGCAGCUCCCGUGGCCUGUCAGACCUCCCCGCCGCAGCAGCGCUCCCGUGCAGCAAGGAUCGCUGCUGCUCUGCUGUGCCCCGGCUGCCCGGCAAGGGGAAAGGACCGCUCUGCUGAGGGCUUCUCCAGGCUCCCUGGCGCUGCUGUGGGGCUGUGUAACAUGGCUCAGGAAGGAGAAUGGCUGCAGAACGGAGCAGAGAAUAGGAGUCAGGCUGUGAUAUCCUUUCACGUUCGUCCUCCUGUGACCUUCAGUGCAAAACCACACCCCUUUGCUUUUCCCUCCUCUAAAUGGGGAUUGCCAGUCUUCCAGGGAAAAGGUUUCAAGUGGCUAAAUUCCUUAAAUUUUGCAUCACUGCAAGUAUAUUUUUUAGGAUGUCUUCAUACUCUGCUGUGAAUUGCCAGCGGGAUGAGACCCUCUCCAGGUUGCGUGUGCUGGAGCCACAGCCCCACAGCGCCAACAGACCAGGCAGAAGGAAGGCACGGGCAUCUGGUGAAACCAAGCCCACCCUGAGGAAAUGUAUCCGGGUGGAAAAGACACUAGCAGGACCAAAGAACUCCUGAGUUUCAGUCCUGUUUCUUCCACUCCCCUGCUGCCUGCCUGCGUGUGAACCAACCCAUCUCCUUGCCGGGCAUUUGCACAGCACCAGUGUCAUUUGCUGGAAUAUCUCCGCUCUGGCUAUUCAAGUGUGGUGCAGGAGAUUAGCCCCGUUUGUGGCUGCUCGUUCUGUCCAAGCUCCUGCCAGCUCCAGGGGCUGCUCUCUUCCAUGACCAGAAGGUUCGAUGCGGGUUAGCUCCAUUAUAGCCUUCACCUGGAGAGCUCUGUGGGUGACACGUGGGAUAAGUUCCCAGCUGCUGCCUUCUCCUGACCAGCCCCUUGUGAGUGGUUUUUCAGCACACUUCCACUGAGGAGCCGUGGCACAGAGAUGGGCUUGUGUGCGCUCUGCUCUCAGGCUCUGACCCUGCUCUCGGUGGGGAUGGGUGAGAUCUUCACACGUCGCUCAGGCUGGGAGAGGAUCAAAUCUCUCUGCAGAGGGUUUUUGAACCCCUGGUGUGUUAGAAAAGCUACAGUGCUUACAAGGCAUAACUUCAACCGCUGUACCAUUUGUAAUUUCCUUUAAUUUCUUGAAGCGCUGUAAUUUUUACACUGUUGUGAAAGGAUCUUUGUUUACAAUGAUUGCAAAGGGUAAUAUUUCCAGCAUGGGUAACCAUGGCAAUGAAUAAUUCUAUUCUUAGGAACCGUGCCAGCUGCACUAAGGCCUUAUAGUAGUACUCAAGCCGUUUGCUAAUGAGAGAAUUCUUGUUUAUUGGAGGAGAACGUUUUCCCGUGUCCACACGUUAGCCUAGUAGUUUCUUAAAAGUACAUUCUUUAUCAGUAAUACAUGGGAAAAAAAUCCCAAAAUAACCAAAACAAGUUCUGUUACACAGCUCCUCUCACAAGUAACAUUUUCGUGUAGUUUUUUUUCCCUUGGAAACUGUAUUAUAAGAGACAUUUUUAAAUUAAAUCUAUGAUAUGCAAUAGUAUGCUUUCUUUAUACAACCACCUUCUACAAUAAGAAUGAGCUUAAGAUGCUCUAGAGCAGCAGUUUCUUGCAAAAAAGGACAACACCCUGUAAACUGACCUGAAAAUAUGCAGGUUUUAUCACUAGAGGAAGGACUUCCACUAUU